UCGCUCCGAUUCUUCCAGCUGCCGAUUCCGCGGCCAGCAGUCCCCCUCCUCCCUGCUGCUGGAGCUGCCUUAAGUCCCGCGACUCGACUCGAGCUCUGCUGCCGUGGAGGCGGCCAAGGCCAAGGUGCGCACAUUGCGAGGGUUUUGCUACCUCUCGAAUUCAAGGGUAUUUUAUAGAUGACGAAGGCAGCAACUAUUUAUGGGAGCAAGACACAGAGCGAUGCUUUGCGGCCAGGGCCAUUGCGUCCAGAAAAUAUUUUCAGAAAUAAAUUUCCCACAUACAAGAAUGGUUCAAAUGGUAUAGUAAUCAAGCUGGCUGAUGGUCCCGAAAUACCACCUCUCAAGGAGAUAGUUGCAAAGGAGACUGCAUAUCUACUUGAUCGUCGUCAGCGUCUCUCUGUCCGUGAACUUGCGAUGAAGUUUGAGAAGGGUCUCAGCACUGCCACACUGUUGUCGAAUGAGGUUAAAUGGAGACAAGUAGUUUUGAUGGAGCGGGAUAUCCUUUUGAAGAAUCUAAAGAGUGUAUUAGAGUCACUGAGAGGUCAAGUGACAGGAAAAACUAAGGAUGAAAUCGAGGAGUCUAUAUCUAUGGUGGAGAUCCUCACGGUUCAGCUCUCCAAAAGAGAAGCUGAGUUGGUUCAACAAAAAGAAGAGGUCACAAAUUAGCAAAAUCAUUAAAGCAAAUGUGUUUUACAUUGUUGUAUAACUUAUGUAAACAUGUGUUAGUAAUUUGAGGAAUGAAAAUCUAUUUACUUCAAAUAUU